UAACAUGUGGUAAGAAUAUUGUUUACAACUUUCGUUGUAUUAAUUAGUUUAAUUUUUUAAUGUGUCUUUAUUGUUUAAGUCAAUAACAAAUGGUGUAAAUAUCUUCAAUUUUUUAACAACAAUGAAGAGCAAACCAGUAAAACAUAAAACUACGAAUACUUUUCGGUUUAUUCCUUUUGCUGAAAGGAUUAAUGGCAUAGACAUCCGCCAUGCAGCCCUUUACCACAUUGAACAUGCAUAUACUACACAACCAGAUGAAAAUGAAACACAUUUCUCUCUGGCACUCCAGAAGUGGUAUGGUCUUAACUUAACAGAAAAUUAUAAAAAGUUCCGGAAAGAAGUGUUUGGGAUAGUGACUGUGCCUCAAUUAGUGCACCGCAAAGAAGAUGUGGUCACAAUAUUGGAGAAGUAUUUAAAAUUAGAAGAUCAACUGUGUCUCCAACCAUUACUUGAAAUACUAGUUUCUAUAGCAAAGGAUCUAAGGAGCGACUUUUAUCCUUAUUUCCCAAGAUUCUUAGAUAUCCUCAUUAAAUUAUUAGACACAAAAGAUGCGGAAAGGCUAGAAUGGACACUGAUAUGUUUAGCUUUUCUUUUCAAAGUAUUAAAACCAUAUUUGAAAAAAGAUAUAGCACUUGUGUUAAAACGAAUCAUACCACUCCUGAGUGACAAUCAGCCGCAGUAUAUUAACAAUUUUGCAGCAGAGAGCUUUGCUUUUGUUGCUCGUGAUAUAAGAGACAAGAAGAAGUUCAUUGAACUUAUACUUAAUUACUUAACAACUAAUGAAGAUGCAAUAUCUGGAUGUGGGCAUCUUAUAUUUGAAAUAAUGAGAGGCGUCAGUGGUAAAUUUCACAGCUGCAUAGAAGUUUUUCUGCCAGUGCUACUGCAGAGUCUGAAAGACAAUAAAGAAAACCAGGGUACAUUAUUCAAAGUGCUCACUCAAACAUUUGAGGACAGUUUGCAGACCAUUGCACCAAAAGAAUACAAUAUAUUCUGGGAAAGUGCACUAAAAUUCAUUGAAGAAAUACUUAAAGACAAUGAAGAAAGUAAAGGUUUAGAGUACAUUUUGAGACUUGCAGGUCAGAUCAUCGAGCACAAUAAUGGUAAAUAUUUGACAAAUCCCCCACAGUUUGUUCUACUUUUGGUAAAGGUGAUAUGUGAACAAUCGUCUGAGAAUGUUCUAGAAGUGUGUGCACAGAUUGGAGCUUUACUACUUCUUUCACCAAAUGUAUCCCUCUCUCAAGAACAUGCGGGAAUAAUUGUCAAAGUUUUACUACCUUUACCAUAUCCUUCUAUUUUGAUUAAUUUUGUUCGAAAUGUGAUUGAUUAUCCUCAAUUUGAUAUGCAUAUUUUACCUCCUUUCCUCAACUUUGUUGUUCAGUCAGAUUUUGACAAUGAAGCAAUGUGUACUCUCACUAGAAUUUGUCUGAAGAAAUCACCAUUAUCCAUAAACGGUAUAAAACUUUUUGACUGGGUCAAAUAUCCAAUAGAUUUUGGGAAAUGCCUCCCACAUUUUAUGGAAUAUUUUGAUAAUGUUCUCAGUGAGGAUAUCCAAAAUAUUGUUCAGAGUCCAAUGAAACUUAUGAAUGUGUUGUUUUGUUUGCCGCACAUUGAAAAAAUCGAUGUUGACCACUGUUUAAAAAGAGUCGGUGGACUUAUUUCGAAAUUGCAGAAUGUGCUAAUGAGUUAUAAUAUUGAAAAUCAGCCAGAACACAACAGAUAUCAUUGUGACGUCACAGCUGUGUCCAGAUGUGCCAGAUUGAUACUGUUUAUAACAGCAAAUGCUAUGGAGAGCGCCAUUCAUAUAUCCAGCUGUAAGCGAUUAAGAGAGAUAUGUGAUAUUGACACACUGUUGCCUACAUUACUACCUUGUGCAGUUGAUCCUAACUAUGUAGUUGCUUUGCAUUUAUUAGACUUAUAUCUUACGGCAUAUGAGCAUGAAAAUGGAUUGACAUACCCUUAUUUAUUAUUAGUUGAUUCAUAUCUAAGAAGUAAUGUGUCAUCUCCUUUCCACAUUGUUCGUUUAUUAACUACACAUAUAUACAAAUUAUUUGAAAAUGUAGACGAAUUGAAUAAGACUGUUGAAGCUGGAGGUAGCAUGGAGCGGUUUUCAGUAUUCAGCAGAUGUUAUGCUGUUGAAUCCACUAAUCCUUCUAUUCAGGAAUAUAGAAGUCAGAUUAACAUGUUGCAAAAGAUGUCAUUUAAUUCUAUUCAGUAUGAACUAGCGAAAGAUACAGAGUUUAAAUAUUUUCCAUUAAGUUAUAUGCUUGGUGUUCUAUAUAUUAACUUUAAGUUGCUGUGGGAGCCAGUUUCUGAAUUCAUUGCUGGGUAUGGAAAUUCUUUCACAAUUGAAGAAUUUUGGCCCACUUUCUAUAAGGCAUUGGAAUCGUCAUUUGUAAAUGCAAAGAAAGAUUUGAAGACUUUUCAGUUUGAUAAUGAAAUAGAAAGUAACUAUCAGGUUCUUAAAGAUUUUUACUCAAAGUAUAACAGUAUUUCAGAAAGGCCUGAUCUGUACAACUAUAGAAAUUUAAUUCUGAAGAUUAUGACGAAUUGUAUACAUGUUUGUGAAACUAAAAAUCGUGAUGUUGUUGUUUUGUUUUUGAAUUUUAUUGAUGAAGAAUACAGAAAGAAUGGUAAUGUUAAUGCUUUAACUAUUGAUGUCGAGAUUCGAGAAAAUGGAAAAAUGGAAGUUGAUGAAGAAAUCCCAGAAAAUAUAGAAGAAAUUAUAGAACCUGAGAACUAUAAAGAGUCGGCAUCUGGGAAAAUGAUAUUCAAAACUUUAAUUGGUGUAAUGCAAGUGCUAGCACAGUUCAAGAAUCCCAGAGCUCUUUAUAAGGAGCCUGUGUUUUGGGAUCUUUAUAUGGAAUUUUUGAAACAUAAAAAUCCAGGUCUUCAAAAAUAUGCAUUGGAUUGUGUUCUGAAUUACAAAAACAAAAGUGUUAUUCCAUAUAAAAAUAAUCUGUACAAUUUAGUAGAUGAAAACAAACUUAAAGAUGAACUAACUCAAUUUAAAAUAACUGAGGAUUCAAACAGUAUACAACCAGAAGAUAGAGAGCAUGUAGUCCCUAUUAUAUUGAGAAUUUUAUAUGGAAAAAUGACAUCUAAGUUAGGGGCAGAUAAAAAAGGUGGUGGGCAGACAAGACGAUCCCUAGUUAUGCGAUAUUUAGCUGGUUGCAAUGAGAAUGAAUUGAAAUUGUUUAUAGAAAUGGCUUUCCCACAUUUUAAACAAUACAUGACAAUGGAACCCAAAGAGAUAUUAGAAAAUGUAAUGUCGAAUUUAGAUUUGAAAUCUGUCAUAAGUCCUGGUAAACUUCAUAGUGUUUUAAAUCUAUUUGAAGUUGUAAGAGAGUAUUUUGGAGGGUAUAUGAAAGACGAGUUGCUAAGUCAACUGUUUACAGUUUAUUAUGCUGUAUGUUCUAUACUAGCAAGUAUAUUGGCUCAAGGAGAUAGAGUUCAUGUAGGAUAUAUUAAAGUUUUGAAAAAUCUACGAACACUGGCUAUAAGUACACUGAGAAAAAUGUUCGAACAAUUUGAUAAAUAUCCAUGGAAUAAAGAAGAAUUAUAUGUUAUAUAUGAUACAUUAUUAUGGCCAUUGAUUCCAAAAUUACAUAUUGAAGGUAUACACAGUCCAACUGUAUUAUUGAAAUUGCUGAAUGCUUGGUGUCAGAAUCCGAGAUAUUAUACUUUACUAGUCACUUGCUCAGAAAAAGAUGAUUCUUUAAGUCCAUUGCCAUUUAUCUUCAAACUUUUGUUAGCACCGAAAACUAGUCCUGGAGUAGUCACUACGAUCCUAGAUAUGAUUGAAAAGCUUCUGACUUUAACAGAAGAUGAAGAUGAUAAAGUAGUACCACCUAUUGAAUCUUUUAAAACUUUGCUCGUUGAUGGUGGCGAAAAGAUCGAGGGAGUAAGUGAUAUUAAUUUCGGAAGUAAAAUAUUGAUCCCACACAUUCCCUCUAUACUGGAAGUGAUGAAAAGGCGGAUCUCUAAUUCUGCCAAAUCUAAUACGGUCAAUAAAAGAGAUUUAUUAGUUUUAUCAAGAGUUACUGAGUUGGUUGCGAAUCCAGAAUUAUGUGAUGAAUUACUGAAUCUGUUAUUGCCAAUACUUAUAAAGAAAAUUUGUAUGAACAUGGCAGAAGAAAACAUGGAACAUGCUGUCACUACAAUAAUCAACUUGUUGGGUCACAGCUCUAAUCCAGAACUAUAUUUGAAACAUAUAGCAGUCCUUUUCAACAAAGUUGUUCCUGUGGAAGUUAGAAAAUUACUAUUAAAACUCCUAUUUUCUAUCUCCGAAAAUUCAAAAACUAAUAAAGGUACUUUUAGUCAAAUAGCCAAUGUUGUAUCAGAAAUGAAUGCAUACAACAGAAGAUGGAUAGAACAACCAGAUUUUGAUAGAAGGUUGGAUGCGUAUAAACAAAUUUAUCAACUAUCAGAAAAUAAUCAAAUUAAUGUUGAUCUGGCAAUACUAAUUGUUAAUAAUUGUUUUUAUUUUAUUCGCACUGAGAAAGAUAUUGGGCUACGUGAUAGCGCUGCCUUAUGUUUGAAAAGAAUAUUGCCUAAAUUGCUCAUGAAGUACCGAUCUUCUAAUGAUGGUCAAUUUUUAGUUCGUGAUACCGUUCUAUCUCUGAUAUCUUCUGGAAUUAGAGACACUAAAAAUGAAAUUUUAAGAAAUGAAUCUAUUGCUAUACUUGGAGACUUGGCUAGAGAAUCCCCAGAUGCUGAUGUUGUGUUAUCUGAUUUAGCACAUUUAACAAAUAAUGAAGAUAGAGAAGUUGAUUUCUUUGAAAACAUGUGCCAUCUACAAAUGCAUAGACGUGUUAGAGCUUUGUUAAAGUUCUGUAAAGUAGCUAAGAAACUUACUAAAUGCCCUACACCUAGGACACUCACAAAUUUUAUUCUACCCUUAGCAACAAUGUAUAUUUGUGAUGAUAAAUAUACAGACAAAAAUACACUUAUAGAUGCAUGCAUUGAAGUGAUUUCGACAUGCUGUAGAUUGCUUCCUUGGUAUCACUACGAAGUUAUUCUAAAAUUGUAUUUGAACAAAAUUCGUCAUUCUACAGAGCAUCAGAAACAGUUGACUCGGAUAUUAAUAGGAGUAAUAGACGCUUUUCACUUUGACUUUUCUAAGGUUAAAAGUAUCGAGUUGCCUAAGAGCUUAGUUACAAAUUUGGAAUCGGGAAAAAUUGAAAUAAAAUCAAUAUCUGAUGCAAAUACUGUCAAUAUGGAUAAUGAUAAAGAAGAUCAAAGCAAUUUAGAAGAACAAGUUGCAGAAGCAGACAUUGAAAAUAAACUGAAAGAAGCUGACAAGGAGCUUGAAGAAGAAGAAUCUUUUAGAGAAGUUAAUGAUGCACCUGCUUUUGAAAGGAUAACAAGCGUAUCUCCUUCUGUUGCUAAAAGAAUUAUUAAGUCAUUGUCUGCUGGUUUACUCCCACAGUUAAAUAGGGCUAUAGGAAAAAUGACAGAUCACGAAGAAUCUCAUAAGCUUAAUCGUCGUCGCAUGGGGUUGGAGCGACAGGAGGAAGACAUGCUACGAGUGCCCAUCGCUUUAGCGCUUGUAAAGCUGCUGCAGCGGUUGCCUGGCGAUUUGCUGAGACAUCAGUUAUCAGGGAUAUUUAUAAAACUGUGUUCAUUCCUAAAAUCACCAUUAAAACAAGUAAGAAUAUCGGCUCGAGACGUCGUGAAGAAAAUCAUGGUUACUGUCGGUACUUCGUAUCUUGCCAUUUUGCUCGAACAUCUCACAAUGUUAUUGACCAGGGGAUUCCAAGUUCACGUACUAGUUGCCACUAUUCACACGGUAUUAGAUGCUUUAAAAUCUGACUUCAAAUCUGGAGAAUUGAAUGAGAACGUCCACUAUAUACUUGACGUUUGCACAAACGACCUCUUCGGGGCAUUAUCUGAAGAAAAAGAAGUAGAUAAAUUACAUUACAAAACGCCAGAAGCGAAGCCAAGUAAAAAGAGUUAUGUCACACUGAUGAUUGUAUCACAGAAUAUAACGGAAAACUAUCUUAUUAAUCUUUUAUUGCCUUUCAAAGAGGUUCUGCAAAAGCACCAUUCCAAAAAGAUUGUAUUAAAGGUCCAAGAAGCACUGUUGCAUAUUUCAAGUGGUUUAGUAACGAAUAAGUUUAUAGAUAUAGAAUCACUAUUCGUUUUUCUUCAUGGGAUAAUAUCAGAUAGUAUACCAGAAUUUGUGUUAGGCACAACGAAGAGAGAAAUUACUGAAGAGCAGAGAGAAAAGAUGCUACGUGCGAAACCAGAUUGUUUUAUCAUACCAGAAACACCAAAACGCAAUAGGGAGGCUCAAGCGAAAAAUGUAAAAAUAUCGGGCAAAGUCAAUGCUCAUGUAUUAGUGGAAUUCAGUUUAAAUAUGCUCUAUGUUUUACUUAAAAGAGAAAAGGUGCCAAGAAUGGAUUGCAGGGUGUUUGUGGACCCAUUGAUAUCAUUGUUGGUUGAUGCCUUGAAAAGUGACCAUGUCAAAGUAACCACUGUGGCGAUGAAGUGUAUCGGGACGUUAUGGACGAUCAGAGUCAGUACGCCGACCCUAGAGGAAAUGGUUCAGGAUAUUGUGAAGACGAUAUUCUUGAUACUGCACAAAUAUGCGACCUUUGAAAUUAGUAAACAAAAUGAUAAUUAUCAUUUAGUGAGGAACACGUUUAAGGCAAUAACGGCUUUAAUACGUAACGUAAAAUAUUACAAAUUGGAAGCGGAUCAACUAAAAACUCUUUUACUGUAUGCGGAGGAAGAUUGUCAGAAUGAUGAGAAACAAGCCAAUUCGUUUGCACUGCUUAAAGCCAUCUUGGAUGCUAGAUUGGUAUCGACAGAACUUCACGAGGUAUUGGAGAAAGUGUCCAAGAUCUGCAUAUUGAGCGAGUCGGCGAGAUCCAGGGAUGAAGCACGCGCAAUAUUCGUUAGUUAUCUAACGAACUAUUCACCCGGCAAACGAAUGGAUAAAUACGUUCAAUUCUUUGUCACGCAACUCAAUUACGAGUUACAACAUGGGAGAGAGUCAUCACUCAAGUUCUUAGAUAUGAUCAUUAAUAAAUUACCUAUUCCGCAACUUUGCAAGCAGGGUGACUAUCUACUGUUAGCCCUAGGCGCGUCGAUGUUGAACGACGAGGCGCCGGAGUGUCGCGAGGCGGCCGCCGCUUGCAUCGAGGCGAUGCUCAGGAGGUUCCCCCUGGUCGAAAGGAAUAAGCUGUUCCAACUAGUGCUCAAAUUCUUCCAGGAUACACAGGCGACGAUACAUUUCGAGCUUGCAGCUCAGUUGAGUAUCAGGUUCGUGAACGUGGAAGAGAACGAAUUCAAGAACCGUCUCGACCCCAUCCUGUCUAUAGUAAGCAGUAAAAUAUUGCACCUUAGCAACGACAUAACCGAAGGACGUUUCGUCAAACUACGAAUAGAGGACACCGAGGAGAAAACGGAUGAAGACAAACAGAAGGAGAAAGACCAUAGUUUGAUACAGAUAAUGAAUUUAAUCGAUAAAAUUACAGUCCAUUGCGAGUCAAGUAUGAAAAAUAAUAAGUUUAUCAGUGAAUUUGACGAUUUAGCGCAGCAGUGUCAAGCGUUGUUGGCUUAUCCUCACGCAUGGGUGAGACUGAAAGCAGCUAAGAUAUUGGGUGCUGUAAUAUCGUCAGUGGACCCCGAAGAAUUGGAUAUGAUUGUGAAGAAGAAGGUGGAGUCUGAAAGAGGGUUUAUAUACUAUGAUACAGAGGAUACGAUCCGGAGUCUUGUUCUGGACCUCUGCGCUCAGUAUACUCCAAAUGUUUCUCAAGAAAUGGCUGAACAAGUGACAGCUGUUUUAUUCCUCAUUAUCAAACUCGUCCACGCAAUAUCGAGUUUUAAAAUGUCUAACAAUGUGCAAUCCGAGGAUGAGCAAACAGAAGGUGGCCAUAGAGUCAACGUAAGAUGGAUACUUUUCAAAUUAAGGAAAGCUGUCAAUGUAGAAGUCGCUAAGGCACCUAAUUCUGUUAAUAUUAGAACAUCUAUAUUCACAAUGUGGAUGCAUGUGAUCAGCAUAUUUGAAACACAAGAUCUCAACAAGGUAGUGAACGUAUUGCUACCGCCAAUAGUUCGGGAAUUGUCUACUGGGGAUCCGAUGGCGCCAGCGUCGCUCCCCAAACAGUUAGCCAGUAGACUCGGCAAGAAGUUGAGGCGGAAGAUUGGAGAUGUGGAGUACGGAAAAAUGGUCGCCGAAGUCCAGAUGAAGUUGAAUAUAAAGAGGGCCGAAAGGAAGAAGAUAUUAUUGCAAGAGAAAGUGAAUAAUCCGGAGAAAGCAGCUAAAAGGAAAUUACAAUUGAAAGAGAAGAAAAAGCAAUCUAAGAAGAUCAAGCUAGAGAUGUUGCACGGCAAGCGGCCCCGAGCGAAGAAACGGAAAGCAGAAGAUGUAGACCUCGAAGACGAGUUAUUGAAGGAUAAUGAUUGAAUCCUCAAAUAUUCAGUCGCAAUUCUUAAGAGGAUAAUGUUAUCUUAGUGUAAAAUUUUAAAAUUUGUGUAUUGUCUUAAAGUGGCUUAUCACUAAGCAAAAUUAAACAAGAAAAAAUAUAUACUAGAUAGCGCUGGAGUCGAGACUUGUGGGUUUUGUUGAUUAUUUUGUAAGAAAAGAUAAUUUGAGGUAAAAUUUCUAAAUUGGCCAGUGGUUUUAACGAUUUUUUAACUAUAUAGUAAUAAUUUAUUAUAAUUUCUAUCUUUAUUCUCUUAUAUUGUACAACUUUGUAAAAUAAUACAUACUAGCAAGAAACAUUGCGAUUUUUUAGCUUUUAAUUCGUUCAGAUUAUCUGUUACUUUACAUUCAUGCAUAAUAAUAGAAACCACUCGCCUCUUUGGAAAUUUUACUUCAAAUUAUCUUUAAUUGCAAAAUAAUCAACUAAAAUCACAAGUCUUGAUUCUAGCGUAUUUCUUGUUCAAUUUUGUUUAGUGAACAACCACCUUAAAAGUGACCGCCUACUAAAGUGUGACAAAGUUGGAAUUAUAUAUCAACGAAAAUAAUUCAGUAUUUCUGGAUGAAAACUCUUUGAAAUAAAGACUUCAGUUCAAGUUGAUGCCCAGGGGCAUCAUUUAAUUAAAGGCUAAUUCUUAUACAACUAAUUCUUAUGUUGCUCUGGACACCUGAAAGAGAAUGUUGUAAAUAUUAGAUUGUUGUUAAAUUUAAUAGAUAUGUGAUUGUUUGAUGACAGUAAUAAAUCAUAUUUUAUAUAUUCA